AUGAAAAAGUCUGACCAAACGAAAACACAAAAACAAUUUAAAGAGGCGUUUGGCGAAAAACUGAAUGCCCUUGAAAAAAUACCACUCAAAUUUACCAAAAUGGAACGACCAAUUGAAGUUAUUGAUACAACCCCUCCGCCGUCCUUAUACCCAAUCUUUUCUACCGACACGUUGUCGUAUACUUCACUCUCAACUUACCCAUUUCGUAACGGCAAGAAAAUAGGCAAUCCAAUAUGCGACAAAGCUAAAGCAGUGAUGUACAAAGACGUGAUGAUAGUUGUCAUAGCUGAUGGGUGUGGGUUGGGCACAAACGUCUUUUCUGCGUCGGAGAAUGCAGUGAAUACCAUAACAAAGUCGAUGAUUGAAAACAUUGACAAAUGUAAGACGACAACAGACGUCGCAGAGGUAAUGGUAGACUCCGUCGUCAUGGGCCACUUCUCUAUCAUUGAAAAGAGCCCUGAAACGUUUUGCAUUGGCACAACAACAGUCCUUCUUUCGGUCGUUGCGUUUACAAUGACAAAUUUGCCCGUUAUUUUGACGCUAUCUAUAGGCGAUUGUUCCGCCUUUAUAAUCUCGAAAUCUCAAUCUCGCGCUUGUCAAGUUGUCAGUGACUCAAAAACAAGCCUGAAAGAGGCCACAGAUUGCGGUGGACGGAUCGGUCCCUUUGUUGAUAAAAACUUUCCCGAUCUCCGAAACGCGUCUUUGACUUUGACGCACUGCGAAAAGAAUGACGUUUUUCUCGUGGCAACCGACGGUUUUGUUGACAAUUUCAAUCCUUCGUUUUUGGGGAAUUGUCCAAGUGAACUGGGCUUGUUUUGCCAAGAUUGGGAAGCUGCAAGGGAAUGCCCCAACUUUUUAGAAAAAAAGAAAAAGUGGACGGAAAAUCUUGUUUAUUCCUUCUUUAACACUUCGCAGUCAAUCUCCAAUUUUAUUGAGAAGAUGAGUGAGUACGUUGUCGGAACGACACAAGCGUCGCGGCGGUAUUUAGAGACAAAGCCUGGUGAGCGUUUGCCGAUCGACCCGGUACGUUAUCCCGGGAAAUGUGAUCAUGGUACCGUUAUAGCUUUUAAAAUUAAAAAGAGAAUAGAAGAGACAGAAGAUCUUUCUAGUAUUAUUCCCAUGUAUUCUUCUUCAUUGUUUGGUGGUGGAGAAGCUGUUGGUCUUGGGCGAAUGAAAAGUGAAAAACCUCAAAAACUGGUUGUCUGUCAGAACCCAACAAAGUCUGCCAAAAGAGACUCGUUGAGGGAAACUAAAAACACGUCUGCUGCUGAAAUCGACUCGCAAGCGUCACUCGAACCAAUCGAGAUUUUCCCCGAUGACGUCGUCAUUAAAUUCACCCCAGAAGACAAACCACUGUCAAUGAAGUUCAGCUCCGAAAGCCAAAUACCAACACCCGCACUGGGAAGGAGUAUUGGCGAAGAAAUCAAACCAAAGGAAUAG